UGUGCUCCUCCGAGGACACAGCGAGAUCUGCGAGUGGAGAGAUACAAAUAGAACUCGAAGCCACCAUGGGAGAUGAAGAUUGGGAAGCAGAAAUCAGUAAACCUCAUGUGCCUUCCUACGUUCCUGUAUUUGAGAAGGAUAAAUAUUCUUCUGGAGCAAAUGGAGAUACUAUUAACAUGACUUCAGCUUCAGAUAUGGAUGAUGGACCUUCUCAACGAGGUCAUUUCAUGAGAAGUCACUUUGCCUCUGGGAGGAGUUUGGGAAAUAGAGAUGCUGGAGACUCUAAUAAAAGAGAGCAUACUCCCACAAAGGGUGGAUUUGGAGUUGGAAAGGGUUUUGGAAACAAAGGCUUUUCAAAUAAAUUUGAAGAAGGUGGUAACUCUGGGUUCUUGAAAGAAUCUAAUAAUGACUGUGAAGAUAAUCAAAUAUGGAACAGAGAGUUUUCCAGUAGAAGCGGCUAUCAAGAUGGAAAUGAUGCAGAAGCUUCAGGGCCAUCCAGAAGAGGUGGAAGAGGUAGUUUCCGAGGUUGCCGUGGAGGAUUUGGCACAGGAAGAUCAAAUAAUGAAUAUGACCGAGAUGAGGGAGCACAGCGCACUGGUGACCUUUUUGGUUCUAGAAGAACAGCAGUAAGUGGUACAGGUAAUGGUGACACUUACCACAGCAGAAGUGGCAGUGGACAUGGACGAGGUGGUUACAAAGGUUUAAGUGAAGAAGUUAUAACAGGCUCUGGAAAGAAUUCUUGGAAGUCAGAAACUGAAGGAGGAAAAGGUGGUGAUAUUCAAGGGCCAAAAGUGACCUACAUACCUCCACCUCCACCAGAGGAUGAGGACUCUAUCUUUGCACAUUAUCAAACAGGCAUAAACUUUGACAAAUAUGACACUAUUCUUGUAGAAGUUUCUGGACAUGAUGCACCACCAGCAAUUCUGACUUUUGAGGAAGCUAAUCUCGGUCAGACACUUAAUAACAACAUUGUUAAAGCUGGCUAUACUAAGCUUACUCCUGUGCAGAAAUACAGUAUUCCUAUUAUACUAGCAGGACGAGAUUUGGUGGCUUGUGCUCAAACAGGAUCUGGGAAGACUGCAGCUUUUCUCUUGCCAAUUUUGGCUCAUAUGAUGCGUGAUGGAAUAACUGCCAGUCGCUUUAAAGAGUUACAGCAACCAGAGUGUAUUAUUGUGGCACCAACUCGAGAAUUGAUCAACCAGAUUUAUUUGGAAGCCAGAAAAUUUUCCUAUGGAUUGGUCUCAAACAAGUCAAGUAUGUAGUUUUGGAUGAAGCAGAUCGCAUGUUGGAUAUGGGUUUUGGACCAGAAAUAAAGAAGUUAAUUUCUUGCCCAGGAAUGCCAACAAAAGAACAGCGUCAUACUCUUUUGUUCAGUGCAACUUUUCCAGAGGAAAUUCAAAGGUUGGCUGGGGAGUUUUUAAAGUCAAAUUAUUUGUUUGUUACUGUUGGACAAGUGGGUGGAGCAUGUAGAGAUGUUCAGCAGACCGUUCUCCAAGUUGCCCAGUACUCAAAAAGAGAAAAACUUGUUGAAAUUCUACAAAAUACAGGUGUUGAAAGAACUAUGGUCUUCGUUGAAACUAAGAAAAAAGCGGAUUUUAUUGCAACCUUUCUUUGUCAAGAAAAAGUAUCAACUACAAGUAUUCAUGGUGACCGGGAACAGAGAGAGAGAGAGCAAGCCCUUGGAGAUUUUCGCUGUGGAAAGUGCCCAGUUCUUGUUGCUACUUCAGUAGCUGCCAGAGGGCUGGAUAUUGAAAAUGUCCAACAUGUUAUCAAUUUUGAUCUUCCUUCCACCAUUGAUGAAUAUGUUCAUCGAAUUGGGCGUACUGGGCGUUGUGGGAAUACUGGAAGAGCUAUUUCCUUUUUUGAUCCUGAAUCAGAUAAUCAUUUAGCACAGCCUCUAGUGAAAGUGCUGUCGGAUGCUCAACAGAAUGUUCCUGCAUGGUUGGAAGAAAUUGCCUUUAGUACAUACGUUCCUGGCUUCAGUGGUAGUACAAGAGCAAAUGUGUUUGCAUCAGUUGAUACUAGAAAGAAUUACCAGGGCAAGAGCACUUUGAAUACAGCAGGGUUUUCUUCACAAGCUCCCAAUCCAAUUGAUGAAGAUUCAUGGGAUUAAAGCUAAAAAAACAUGCUUCAAGUGUGUGGUACAAUUUUGAUGCAGAGAAGACAGUAGUUUAGAUUUUUAAAUUUUAAAUGGAAGUGUGAAACCUGACAUUCUCUUGUUAUUCUUUUUUGUUUGUUUGUUUUUGGUACCGGGGAUCAAACUCAGGACCUUGUGCUUGCAAGGCAGGCGCCAGAACCAUUGAGCUAAAUCUCCAGCCCCAUUCUCCUGGCAUUCUGUUCUUCCACCCUUUAAAAAAAAUCCUUACUGACUUGUUAAGUGAAAUGCUAAAAGUUAGAAUGUUGCAGUUACCGAUACAAAUGGUGUUAACUGGAAAUAUUAAAGGAUUCCAAAUCUCUUGCUUAUUUCUAGAAUAUUCAGGCAAUUUAGAUAAGUUGCGUGUCUAAGUGCUGUAUUAGUAUGUUUAUUGUUUCUAUAAAAACAAUAAGAUUGAUAAGUAUUUGUUUAAAAAUUAUUGGCUCUCAAGUCUACUUGAGCCUUUAAAGCAAUAGCAUAUCACUAUAAUGUGAUUUUUAUGAAACAGUGGAAGACUGAAGCCUGUCAGGGUGAUUUUGAUUUUACAUCAUCAGAUGUGUGUUGCAAAUGGUUAAAUGUUUGCAACACGAUCUCUGUACUCAAUGGCAUAACAAAAAUUUUUUGGUAAUAUGCACUUUCCUUGGAAAUAAAAGAUUCAACACAUUUUUCCCA